CAUAACUCUACCAAUUGUGUAUGUAUUUAUUUCAGGGAAGGACAGUUAUUCGACCCAUAGCGUUUCGGCCCGCCGGAAUGUCACCGUCGGGAAGGUUUGGACUGGAAGGUGAACGUUAUGGAUCUACUCCCAUUUUAACACGUAGCAACGAUCAUAAGCAUCACUUCGCGCCAAAUUCGAAUUACUCUCUGGAUCGGAAAUUGCGGUCAUCCUGUCAAUCGAUAAUGUCCUCCCCUAUGUCCAUGACAUUCAGCUCUCUACCUCAAAAAAUUAGUAACUACGACAGUUUAGAAAGUGUGCGGAAAUCACCAGUGUCAACUGCGGAUAGCACUUUAACAAAUAAGUCUUCGUAUAUGUUGUCUGGGGUUGGUGGUUCUCUCCUCGAUUUAACUCCAUCCCCGUCAGAUUCCGGCGUAUCCGAAUUGGAAGCUGCUUUGCGAGAUCGCGAUUCGGAGCUUGCCUACUUGCGGCAAACAAUGGAGCACAAUGAGCAAGUUAUUUUUCGGGUGUAUCAAGAGAAAGAACGGGUGUGGGAGAGAGAAUUGAGACGGUUAAAAAGCAUACACGAAACUCGCUUACGGACCAUAGCACAAAAGGCACUUAAAUUGGAGCAGAUGCUCAUGAUGCAAACCUAUCAACUGCAGCAAGAUAAGAAAAGAUUAUCCGGCGAAACGCAAAAAGCUAACUGUGAAAGUGAUAGGCUAAGACAAGAGGUUAAAAUACUGAGGGACAGAUUAGAAGAAACGGAAUGGAGUUUAUGCCAAAAAACUGGAGAGAUCUCUUUACUUAAGUCACAAUUAAAAGAUUACCAGAACGAUCAGACUUGCAAAGGACACGAGCUUUUGCAAAUACGGAACGAAUACAGAGACGUUCGAGAACAACUUGAAGCAAACAAAUCCGCGUCGGAAAAUUUAAGGAGAACAUUAAAGGCCAAGAAUGUACAAAUAGACAGUUUAAAGCAAGAACUUCAAAAGCUAUUAGAAAAUAAUAUCAACGCUUGCGAAGAUCACGCCGACUACAUUAUUACAAAGUUCGAUCAAGAUGAUGUCGAGAUUCCGUGCGUAUCCUUAAAAAACAAAGAAGAAGAGGUCCAGCAACUUCUAGCAAAUUUCUGUAUAAAAUCGAACAGCAACGAAAAUGAAGAAGUGGAUAAACUUAAACAAGAGAUGGAAGUUAAACGGCUGGAGUUUGAAAAAGAGAGGUUGAUAUGGGCGCAAGAAAAAGAAAAAGUAUUGAAAUAUCAGAAACAGUUACAACUUAAUUAUAUACAGAUGUAUAGACGCACAAAAGCACUGGAAAACGAGCUCGAGUGCUUCAAUGCAGAAAUGGUCAGAAAAAGUGGACAUAAGAGUCUACAAGUAGCAGAAAUCACUCACACAAUUGAAUUGUAAUUAAUUUAUGCAAAGCUAAACUCUUUCUCAUGUAAAUAGUUGUUUACAUACAGAGAUAAAAGUUUUGGGCUUGUAGUUUUCCUAACGGAAUGCAAUUUUAACUAUGUUCCAUUUAAGUAACAUUGUGAUUUUAACUUAAUGUGUAAAAAAUACCAUGUAAAUAAAGUAUAACUUUGGA